AUGAGCGGUUUUAAAUGCUAUUUGCAAUUGGGUGACAGGCUCUCUCAAAUAUGGCUAAAUAAGUAUACUUUGGUUUUGCUGCUAGCAAUGCUGAAGCUUCUGUUUUUCUCCAAAUCCAUACAACAUGCGAUAGAAGUCUCGGAAACGUAUAUUUUGUCCAAUUGUUACAGUAUUGAUUCACUAUACUCCAAGAUGACAGACAACACGCCGCACUAUUUAGGUAUCAUGGGGAAUUAUCUUAUCGAGAAGGGUAUGGAGGAGACUGUUAAAGCUACGCUAGAGACGUUAUCACUUAUAGUAUAUGCGAGCGAGGGGCUGGUAAACUUUGCCAUUGACCUGUAUUUGGGCACUUAUGCCUGUUUGAUUGUUAGUGCCGUUGAUGGUACCGUGGACGUUGCUACUAACAUUACAGAAAAACUGAUUAGCUUAGUCAAUGAUACAGUUUCAAGUGUGGCUAAUGAAUUGGAUACGGGCUUGAAUGACAUCUCCAAAAUAAUCAAUAAAGUGAUCAAGGCCGCAUCCAAAGUAGAGAAUUUUUUCACAGGUGAUGACGAUGACAGUAACAUGACGUCGUCAAUCAAAAGCGUCAACUUAACCAUAUCUGCGCUUCACAAUUUAUACAUUCCUUCCUCAAUCAACGAUAAGCUUGAAGAGUUAUCGGCAAAGACGCCGGACUUUGCCCAGGUUAAGAAUACAACCAAGAACCUGAUCUCGGUUCCCUUCAAUGAAGUUCGGAAGAAUAUCAAGGCCGUGAAUGCCAGCAAUAUAAUCGGAGAUACCUCCGUUUUGUACGUACCUCCCGUGUCCCUUGACAACAGUACUGGGAUUUGCUCAUCCAAUCAAUCAGAAAUUUUGGCCUUUUAUUCCAUCUUGGGACAUGUCCUGAAAAUAGCCACCGUAGUGUGCAUUACCGUAUUGAUAUGCUUCGCUGUUGGUGCGAUGGCGCCCGUUGCAUGGAAUGAAAUCAAGCUCUGGAGGCGCCUUUGCGGAAUGAGAGACCAUUACAUGCUGAGCAGGCAAGAUUCGUAUACGUCCUUUUCCAGUGAAAACACGCACGAAUUGAAAGAUCCAUUUAGAGAUCCUCCUAUACAAAAUGGCCAAUAUGAUGUCAUUGCAAGCUAUCAGCAGUGCUUUCAAACAUGGAACACAAGAAUAGCAGGCUGGAUGACAAAUCUUGUUACCUUUGGAAAAUCACCAGAGAACAUUGACCCAAAGACUAAACAAAAAAUAGAAUGGGUAGUGGCUUAUAUGACCUCCGAAAGAGCACUGUGUGUUCUUGGAAUUGGACUUUUGGGAAUUUUAGUGUGCAUAUGCCAAUUUGUCAUGAUAGCACUGUUAAAACACAAGAUAAGCCAUUCAUUGACUUCUAAUGAUGGUGACGGCGUUCAAAAUUUGCUGAAGUCUAGCACUGCCGUCGAUAUAGAGAACCAAAUGAGCCUUUGGAGCGUUCAGACUAAUAAAUAUAUAAAUACUACGGAGACCAAUAUCAAUCAGGAAGUAUUCGGGUGGAUAAACACGACAACACUUUCUGUGAACAAUACAGUGGCCACCAUGAUCUCUGAUAUAGACACAACUUUAGCAGAUGUAUUCAAUGGAACACUGCUAUAUAACCCAAUGAAAACCGUGGUCGGAUGUGCCAUUGAAAAUAAGCUCUACACAAUAGAGAAGGCAAUGACGUGGAUUCACGACAAGGCUCAGCUGCAUAUCCCGAGAAUUAAUGGGACACAAAUCAAGCAAGCUCUGGCAAAGCAAACCGACAACAGCACUAUACCCACUGCAAGCUCCACUUCUGCCGCCACAGAAAACUUACUGGAGAACCUUGUGAAUGAUAUGAGAGAAGGACUUUUAAAAAUUCUCCGAGCUUACCACCGUAUAACUCUGGGAGAACUCACGGUAGCCUUGGUCAUUCUUGCGGUGUGGCUCGUACAAUUGCCCAUAGCUCUGGUAAUUCUCCGAUUACGUCUUCGCAAAGCCACCUUUGACUGA